AUGUCUGAAACUGUCUACAUGAAGCAACCACCUAGUUAUAUUGAUGCUCAGUAUCCAGAUCAUGUUUGCCUACUUAAAAGAUCUUUAUAUGGCUUAAAGCAGGCUUCUAGAGCAUGGUUUAAUCGUUUGCACUCAUUUUUGCUCUCUGUUGAUUCUGCUUAUGUGUACCUCUUGGUUUAUGUGGAUGAUAUACUUGUCAUGGGGAGUGAUCUUGAUCUUAUAACUAGUUUGCUAUCCAAAUUAUCUGUUGCAUUUAAGAUUAGGGAUCUUGGUGAACCUGGUUUCUUUCUUGGUAUUGAGACAAUUAAAUGUGUUGAUGGUAUAUUGUUAUCUCAACAAAGAUACAUGAAUGAUAUUCUAAAAAGGGCUGGCAUGGCAGAAUGCAACGCUUUAUCUACUCCUAUUCUUACUUCAAACUCUAUCUCUUUCUGCACAGAUCUAUAUGAGAACCCUACUCAAUAUAGAAGUCUGGCAGGAGCGCUACAGUAUCUGACUAUCACUCAUCCAGAUUUAUCCUUUGUAGUAAAUCAGUUAUGUCAAUACAUUCAUGCCCCUACAACCUCAGAUUGGGAGCAACUAAAAAGAGUCUUAAGGUAUGUUAAAGGAACAGUUAACUUUGGUUUGCAUAUAAGAAAGUCAUCAUCAAGAGAAAUUCACGCCUUCUCUGAUUCUGAUUGGGAUAGUUGUCCCCAAGAUCAAAAAUCUACUAGUGGCGCGGCUAUGAUGUGUUCUUUGGGUCAAACCUUGUGUCUUGGGUCUGCAAGAAACAAAGAACUGUUGCCAGGUCCUCCACUUAAGCUGAAUAUAAGGCUCUAG